AUGCAAGACUGCACGGCCGACCUCAAAGACUCCAGCGAGCAGGUGCACCGGGAGGAGGAAAAGGUGACCUUCUUGUUGGGCAGCCACGCCGCACCCAUCUGGGUGUCCGACGACGACGACUCUGGUGACGUCGACGCCGCGGCCGAGGGUUCAACCAACAACAACAACAACAAGAAGAAGGCAGUCUGCCUGUUCGGCGUGAAGGUGGAGUUCACCGACGACGACGAAGGCGAGACCACAGACGACGAAGAGCCACCACAACAACAACAGCCACAACAACACCAACAGCCGAGCAUGGAGGAGCCCGGUCGUGCUGUGGUCUGCUGUCCCAAUGCCCAGAAGGAGAAGAAGUUGAAGAAGGGCAGAUUCAUCAUCUGCUGGCGGCCGGGCGGGGGUUGGGCCGCCCAAUGGGAGCCGAACCCUUCCUCGCGCAGCACGCGUUCCACGUGGUGGGACAUGUUGAGGACGAAGCCGGCGAAGGGAAAGCUGCGAUCAACGUCGACGCCGACGCUGCGCCCAAGCUCGAAGAAGAUGAAGAAGACGCGGGCCUCCCCGAGGCGAUCGCCCAGGCGACACAGCAGCAGCGCCGCCGCAGACGCCGCAGCAGCAGCCAGAGCCCAGCCUCCACCGGAUUCGCCUUCGCCUUCCCCGAAAUCUGACAGGUUGAUCAGCGAGACCGAGGCCAAGCAGAGGAAAUGGGACGCCAUGUACGCCGGGCUCAAGGAGUGGGUCGAGAGCGAGGGCCGCCUCCCAAGCAGGAAGGAAGCCCGGGAGAUCUACAACUGGCUGCACUACAACCGACGGAAGGAGGCUUGGCCCAGGCGCACACCCACUCAGGUGGCCAGGCUACUCGCGCUUGGUGUAGCUCCAUACGGGCAGGCGAUCGACUCCUCGCCCGUGCCAGAGCUCGACAUUUAA